AUGGCGGCAGCCUCAUCCAUCCAGCCGCCGAGCGUUCACUCUUCUCUAGCCCGGGAUAGCGCACUUUCCCCGGAGAUGGACAGCCCCGAGAGCCGGCAGCACGAGGACGAGGAGGCGACGGCCGGACUGGAGCCCGAGGAAAUCGAGAGGAGGCUGGCCAAAACUCGCAAGGAGCUGAGCAACAGGAGGAAAAUCCUCAUUAAGAACCUGCCGCCUGACACCACCAACCAGGAAGUCCAUGAAAUUCUGAAAGAAUAUGAACUGAAGUACUGCUUUGUGGACCGCAACAAAGGAACAGCUUUUGUGACUUUGCUGAACGGGGACCAGGCUCAGGAUGCCAUCCGCUCCCUCCACCACAGCACUGUCCGUGGGCGUUUGAUCAACGUCACCCUGCAGCCCACCGACUCCCUGCUGUGCCUCACCAACCUGCCCCACACCUUCACCGCCCAGCAGUUUGAGGAGCUGGUGCGCUCCUAUGGGAACAUCGAGCGCUCCUUCCUGGUGUACAGUGAGCUCACGGGCCACUCCAAAGGAUAUGGGUUUGUUGAAUACAUGAAGAAGGAUUCUGCUUCACGGGCCCGCUCGGAGCUCCUGGGCCGCCCAAUGGGGGAUCGCUCGCUAAUGGUGCAGUGGAUGGACGUCAACCAGCUGAGCCAGGAGGAAAACCUGCACUCCAAGUGUCUGUGCGUGGACAGACUGCCCCUGGACCUCUGUGACUCUGAGGAGCUAACCCAGCUCUUUUCCGACACGUAUAAACCCGUUUUCUGCCAGCUUGCUCAGGAUGAGGGCAGUCCAGUGCGAGGGUUUGGCGUGGUGGAAUAUGAGAGCGCCGAGCAGGCAGAAGCUGUGCUGAUAGAGAUGGACCGAACUCUGGUGGGAGGACAGGAGGUCCGUCUGUCACUCUGUACCCCUGGCACCUCAGGGAGAAGCACCUUGGCUGCACUCAUUGCUGCCCAGGGUAUGAUUCUGAGUAACAGGAAAGGUUUGCUACCAGAACCAAACUUGGCCCAGCUGCUGACCAGUAUGACGAACCCCGCUGCUCUGCAGAUACUCAUGAGACCGUACCACACUGGGAAAAGAGGAGGAAAAUACGGGCGUCACACCAGCCUGCCGUUCCUCAGACCUCCCCUCACUACAGCCCUGCUCACACUGGGAAAAGCACACCAGAAUGCUAUGUUUGGAAAUGGACUAGUCCUCCAGAACCUUUUGCACAUGCAGCUGGCACAGCAACAGCUUCUACACAUCAAAGACAAACGCAUCAGCAGCGUCUCCAGUCUGCUCGGGGACCCGUCCAGACUGCUCAUGCAGAAAGCCUUGUCUCUGCGACCUCCAGGCCUCGUGCAGCUGGGGAAAGGCCUCCUGGGAGACUCUCCUACAGGUAAACGGGUAAACAGUGGACAGAGUUCUUUGUUGGGCGAUCCUCCUAAAGAAGUCAGGCUGCCUUCUAAUCCUUACCUAAACCUGGCAAGUGUAAUGCCAGGAGUAGUUCUGCAAGGCUCAGUGGGGAGCAAAGCCCAGGGAGGACAACCCAGCGCUGCAGUUUACAACAGCUCAGUCGCUCCUGUGGUCUCCCAGGGCUCCGGCUCCUACUCCCACAGUGCAGCAGCUACGACCGCUGCCCCGUACACCACAGAUUCCUCCACUGACUACAGCCAGUACAACCAAGCAUACACACAGGAGGCCAUGCAGCAGUGGUACCAGCACUAUCAGGCGGCACAAGCCCACAGCUACAGCACUGCCGCGCCACAGGACAGCACGGCCGCAGACUACAGCAAGGAGCACACUCAGACUCCAGCUGUGUCCACCUAUGGAGAUUACAGUUCCUACAUGCAGGCAGUCACUCAAUACUACUCCCAGCCAGCAACAGCCAAUCAGGGCUACGCCAGCAAGGAGGUGGAGGUGUGUAAGCCUCUGGGAGUGUCUCUGCACGCGGUCAGUAAUGGCGCGGCUCCUCCCCCGGCCGUCCUACCUGCCGCCGCCGUGCUCCCAGCUUACAGCACGCUGCCCUUAAUGCCGGGCUUCCUCGGGGCACCGCACCCAUCUGCGGCCGCACCGAACCCUGUCACACACGCACACACCGCUGCUGCGGACUGGAACACCUAUUACUAUAACCAGACGAGGGGCCAUAAGAGGGAGUAUCCUCAGCUGGCAGUGCAGGAAGUUACAGCAUCCGAUGCGGCCUACAUCGGGCAGCACUCGCAAGGCCUGGGGGGGCAGUACGCUGACUACUUUAAGAGGAAGAGGCUCUAGUUUGAACCGAACCACCUUGAAGCCUAAAAGCUUAGGGGAGGGAAGCGCAAACAGCUGGAUGUCUGCUGGAUGUCACAGCUCCCUCUAGUGGCCUUUCUGUGGCUGCCAUUUUGCAGUCCUACAAAAGUCAGUGUUGAGUUUGAAAGAUUUAGGUUUGCAGAUGGCUCGAGUGAAAUGAAGCCAUAGUGCUCUUUGAUCUUGGCACGUAUGUACACACACGCACACACACAUAUAUAUACACACAGUGUUAUUUUUGUCCUGUUCAAGCCUUAACUCUUUAACUUAAGCUGUUGUUUCACAGUCAGUGUGUUAACUGUACUUAACUACUAUUAUCUUGUACAAUUUUUCUAAUAUAUCAUGUAAAUUGAAGUAUAUUGCAUCUGUAUGUACAAGCAGCUUUUGUAUUUGCAAGCAGGGCGGCCCGCCGUCUGCCCCUGAAACUGUCUUAGGACUGGCCAUGCAGCUGGCUACCCCCCCCCC